UCCAGAGUGAAUCGGUUUUACACCUCAGUGAUCGCAACUGCAGCUACUCAUACUUGCUCCUUUCAUCAAAGCGCCCCUUUCCGCGCUUUGUUUCGUGGAUCAGCUGUGCAUGGAUCUAAAACCCCACCCGAUUAGGAAGGAACGAAGGGGGAAAAAAGCAAUAAUGACCGCAAGAAAAUAAGAGGCUUUAAAAACAAUUAACAUUCUGUAAGGCGUCUAAUCAAAACAUCGCCGUUUAUAUUGCGACCCCUGAGGACUGAAACGGGUCACAUCUUCGCAUUCCUCCCAUCUGAUAGCGGCGGCGGCGAAGACAUCCAGUCAGUUGAUAUUUUGCUACCCUCGCCACACUCUCAAGAUGAUAGCCCUUUUUAACAAGCUGUUGGACUGGUUUAAACAGCUAUUUUGGAAGGAGGAGAUGGAGUUGACACUGGUCGGUCUGCAGUAUUCGGGGAAAACCACCUUCGUCAACGUAAUAGCGUCAGGACAGUUCAGUGAGGACAUGAUCCCUACAGUGGGCUUCAACAUGAGGAAGAUCACCAAGGGCAACGUCACCAUUAAGCUGUGGGAUAUCGGGGGUCAGCCUCGAUUCCGGAGCAUGUGGGAGAGAUACUGCAGAGGAGUCAGUGCCAUUGUUUACAUGGUCGAUGCUGCAGACCCAGAGAAGAUUGAGGCCUCGAAGAAUGAACUACACAACCUCCUAGACAAACCCCAGCUACAGGGGAUCCCAGUACUGGUUUUGGGGAACAAAAGAGAUAUUACGGGUGCCUUGGAUGAGAAGGAGCUGAUUGAAAGGAUGAACCUGUCAGCCAUCCAGGACAGAGAGAUCUGCUGUUACUCAAUCUCCUGCAAGGAAAAAGACAACAUUGAUAUCACACUACAGUGGCUGAUCCAGCAUUCCAGAACCAGGAGGACAACAACAUGAGGCCUCAACUUACUGGAUGACCACAACUCCAAGACCAACCGUACCCCUCCUUCUCAUCUGCUCUCUCCACUCCCCCUCCUUUCCCUCCGCUCCUCCCUUCUCUCGUCGCUCUGAUCCAUUUCUAGUCCCUUCGUUUCACUCCUACUCUGUUGGUAUACACAGAUCUGAGAGGAUUGGAUAGGUGUGAGCAAUAUGGCCGAAUAUGGAGCCAUCACCACAAUGCUUCUUCUCGGAUCUGCGUCCAUGGAAUGAGUAGAGGCUAAGAGAAGGGUCUGUCCUGUCAUCUUCAGCUCACCUUCCUUCCUUCCUUUUUUUUUUUUUUUUUUUUUUUUAGCUAUCUGAGAUCCCUACAUUUUACUCUUUAAAAACACCCGCCCCCCCCUACCUGAUUCUGUUCUUGUAAAGAGUGUGAAAAAUUAUGAUUUGCACUGUUUGAAUUGUUUUGGUAUGCAUUUUUUACACCGUGUACUUCAGGCUGGAUAAUGUUGACUCUUGACAGUUACCCACUGAGUAGUUAUUGUUUGCAUUGACUGUUGUUUAUUUUGUUUUUUAUAUAUAUAUAUAUACUAGUACAGUGUGGGUCUGAUUGGAUGAGAUUUUGGUCAAUGAGGUAAUAUAUUUUCACUUGCUCAAAUUAAUCAUGUUAGCCUGUCAUUCAAAGUUAAAACUACUCACACAGACACUCACUCAUUCUGUCGACUAACCUGUAGCUUCACAGCUGUUCCCAUAGCAACACAGUGGCCAUUUUGUCUCUUAACCUGAUCAGGUGAUCAGCUCUGACCAAUUAUUUGUUGAGAUUUAUUGGACACAGUCAUUUUCUCCUUUCUCUUGCAUGUUUAACCUAACUGAAAGGAAAAGCAUUCCACUACAGUCUGAAGGAUACAUACGUUUAAUACAUAGGUCAGCUCACAAGUUAGCAAAACUGAGAUAUAUAUAUAUAUAUGACAUUACAGGAAAUUGUUCCAUGUUGAUGCAACAUAAAUGAAUAAAGUUUCACGCAGGUUCGAUAUCCUUGACAAUAAGUAAACCAAUGUGACGGUCUUAAAACAAUCACCUUAGUGCUGCUUUUCAAACCGCUUUUCUCAUAUCACAGUCAAAGUCUGUUCCAAUUCCAAAUGCAAAACAAUGUAAUAUAAGAUUUGAUAUCGUGUUAUUUGGGGUAGAUUUGGACCCUGCUUUGAGUUGUACAUAUUCUCACCAAUAUCAGUUUGCAACAUUUUACUUGAACCCUCCUUUUUAAAAGUCCUACGUGACAUAAGUUAUGUCAAACAGUCAUGUCUGCUGAUGGCAACUGAUGAGUUGGAGAGAUCAAGUAAAGUGUAACUAUCGUAACCAGACACUUUAGCUAGCUAUCCCUAAUGUUACUUAGCAACAUUUGAAUUGGCUAUUCCUAUGUCACCUCACAUUAGCAUGCAUUGACAUUCACACGCCUCUCCAUCUGACAUGUAUCUCACUAAAACACAUGUCCAUGAAUUGUGAUGAAUGCUACAGUACUCGCCAUCUCGUAUAACAUGUUUAUAAGGCCAUAUUUGACUCUUAGUGUUUAGGUUUUCUUUUCAUGUCUUAACUUUGAACAUAACCACGAAAAAAAAAGAUGCAAUACAACAAUUCAAUACUAAAAUCAGCAGUAUGCUCUUUAAAAACAUCUCAUAGAGCACAGAAAGGAUGUAAAGCACACAAUAUCCAACUUGUAUAUUUUGUUUCCAGUGGGUUUUGUCCGAUUAUUCACUCCCUGAAUAUGAAUCUAGCCAUUUCCUCCCUGUUGGAUGUGGAGGUUUCAGCUCAGCCUUUAGUUUAGUGCCAUGUACUGUAGCUAUAGGUUGCAUACUAGUAGUCUACUGUUGCUUCCUCCCCCCUUUUCCCCUUUCCUACAUUCACACAGAUAUGAAAGAACUAGACUGGUUAAAAGAGGCAUCCAUCCACCAUAUUGCUUUCACAUGUCCUCUCUGUCCAGAUCAUUUCAGGUUGAGCCGAGGAGUUGAGCCGAGGAAGUCCCUUUUUAGAGUAUUGAGAUGCAUCCCCGGUUCCAUUCUUCACUUCAACGCCUCGCCAUAGGCUUAAUACCUGUUUAAGGUUGCUAGUCGUUAUAUGAAGUUGGACGUUUGUACCUGACGGAAUGUACCAUGGGUGAAUUGGCUUGUUUUAACAGAAAGUAAAAAUGGUCUUGUCUCUAAAAUGAAGUGAAAGGGGUAAUUUGUUCCACGAUGCACCUGGCUACAGUGACUGACAGUGAUGUGUUUCAGGGUUAUUGGUUAACAGUGACAGUACCUCUUUUUCUUGGUUUCAAUUCCUUAUGGAAUUGUCAUGCAAUAUUUAGAUUGACAAUGGAGUUGGCAAAAGGGCAAACCGAUCGGGGACCAGGCUAGGUUCAGAGUACAGUGAAACAGAGAGAACUCACAACAUGACUGUCUGAAUUAUCUCAGCCUUUAUUUGAUUUCUUUAUUAGAUUUUUUUUAAUGUAAAAAAAAUCAUUUUUGUUUCAGUUUCAUGUUAAUAAUACACCUGCUUUUUGGGAGAAUAUACACAUUCCUGAUGAAAAGGAAUCAGUACUAAGAAACGGUGUACUAGUUGUUUUUAAUCCUUUCAGAUAGGAUCUUGUACAUAGCGACUUUCAACCAAAACAACUCUCCUGAAUAUCAGGCCUGAUGAAUAUGGCUAUUCUUUUAAUACAAAACUACACACACUUUUCCUACAGCGGCUGUCUGCAGCCGUAACGAGCUGUUAUGAGAGCCAGGAUGUUAUCCUUGUAGCAGUCUUCUGAAUGCAUUGUGAUAAAGUGUAUGUCAUUCUUAUGGUGGGGGGGUGAUGGCUUGUCUGUGUCUCUGUCUGCUGGGUGGUGUGUCGUUCCCAGUGGUUAGUACCUCCUGAAAUACUAUGGUGCGCCAUUCUCAGUUCUGAAAUACAGCUGCGGUUGAGAAGCUCAAAACUGUUAAGUUUCCUCGCUCUCUUAAUACAUUAUCCAGAGUGACUUACAGGAGAACUUAGGGCACAUUGACUGAUUUUUCACUUAGUCGGCUCGGGGAUUCGAACAAACAACCUUUCGGUUACUGGCCCAGUGCUCUUAACUACUAGGCUACCUGCUGUAUUCAUACAUAAAAUACAUGAAACCAGGCUGACCAAUUGCCUAAUGAAAGACCAAUAAGGCCACAUGAACAUAUUAAAUAUAUAGUUUCACAUUGGCAUAUGUUUAAAUAUUUCCAUCAUGGUUCAUGAACCUCUUUGCAGUGAACUACAGUAAACCAAUCUCUGCUCCAUGAUCCCAGCAUAAGGAGGAGAGUGAUCCACAAAACUCUUGAAUCAAACCUCCAACCUGCUGUUGGUGGAGCUCCCACGGACAAGCGACAUGGUUAGCCAGUUGAACUAAAGGCCACAGUGUGAAUGUACAACAAAAAACACAACGUCUGAUCUUUGCAAUUUCUUCUUUUGAACUAUUUUAUGAUUUCAGUUGAUGUGGUCGACGAGGUGGGACAAAACACAAAGUCCAGGUGUCUCUGUCAUCAUGAGGACCCACGUGACUUUAAUUCAUGUAUCUUCAUUUUCUGUCCUGUCAGUGACCACUCUGUAUGUGUCGCUAUUGUUAUCUUGAGAUGAAGAAUAAAAUAAAACUGUCCCACUCUGUAAA